UGUUCUUCAAAUUUGGUUCUAUGAGUGUUGUAAGUACAUGAAAGGUAAGUACUGCCAAAAGGAAAACUCUCGUAUUCCAAGGAUCACUCAAUGGACAUGCAAUAGUCAGCCUACUUUCAAAGUUUUGAAGACUACUAUUUUUGAUGUUUCCAAAGAUAAGCUGCAACUAUCAAAUAUGAGGCUCACGGCUGGUGAGUUCAAAGCUUUGAAACUGAGCAGUUUCAAGUUUGACACUGACUACAACUCUUACAAGAGUCUUCCUGUUCCUGAAGAGCCGUCUGUUGCUCAGAGUGACAUUUCUGUCAAGCUUGAUGCUUUUUCUGAGAAAUUUGAUGGGUUGGAGGUGAAGAUCGAUUUGUUGCAUACUUCCCAACAGAAGAUUUCAUCUGAUUUGGUUGAGUUGAAAGAGUUUGUGUCUGCACAGUUUGUUUCUUUUGGUGCUCAGAUGGCUUCAAUGCAGACACAGUUUUCUACUGUUUUUGCCGAUUCCUAUGCCAAGGACAAAGGCAGUGACUCUUCCAAUGAUGAUGGUGGAAGUGGUAAUGAAGAAGAUUUUGAUUUAGAUGAAUCUGAAGAAACUGAUGACAAUGAAGAAGAGAAUGUUAUGGGUGAUGAAGAAGGUGAGGGUAGUGAAGGUGAAGAGAAGGAUGGUCAAGCUGAUGAAGAUUCUGAGUCAAAAAAAAAAUGAUAAGGGCAGUGAUGAUGAAUGCACUGAUAGUGAGGAGAAGGUAGAUAAGUAGACAAUGUAACUAGGUUUUAGUUACUUUGUGUGGUUUAUUUUGUUGUAAGUCCGUUUUAGGUAGUGGUCUUGUAAUUCUAUGUUCUUGUUAUGUCUCUUCUUAUGUUUUAUUUAUUUUUUUUUUUUUGAAAAAAAUUUGCAACUAUUUUUCAAACUAUUUAUUUGUAUUUAUUAUGUUAUUUAUAUGGCUGUGUUUAUAGAUUAUGUUGUUCGCAAUUUAUUGUUGGUCUUCUUAUUUUACUUGUUGUUUUUAUUUUGUUUUUAAGUUGUUAUGUAGUUUUUUUUUAGUUGUUGAAGUCUUUCACAAAAAAUAACUUCACUUUUUUUUCCAUUUUCUUUUUCCUUUAUUUUCUGUAUCAAGAAUUUCGUUGAUUUCAAUGAC